AUGUUCAGAUCCUGCCCGAUGCAUGGCGGGAAAGACUGCCCAGGGGUUGGGAAAGAAGAAAAAGAUUGCUACGCCAACAGUACAUGCAACCCAGAUAACUGUGAUUUUACGCGCGGUAGUUACUGUCAUUGGAACCGUUAUAAAAACAUGGAUUAUUUCUGGCAAGCACAUAAAGGAUCAACACCAACCGGGAGCACUGGUCCAAAUCAAGACCAUACUACUGGCACGGGCCAUUACAUUCUUACCGAGGCCAGCUUCCCUGCCAAGGAGAACGACACAGCACUCCUAACAAGCAAACUGUUUCCACCCUCGCAAUGUCGUUGCAUUUCCUGGUACUAUCACAUGUAUGGCCGCUCAAUGGGAGAACUCAGCGUGUACAUUAAAGACCCUGUGGGUUCUAAGAGGAUAAUAUGGGAUAAGAAAGGUGAUCAGGGAAACAGAUGGAUAUUAGGUAGCGCAACAAUAUCUAACGUGUCUAUGACUAGUUACCAGGUGGAAUUUGAGGCAAUUCGUGGCCGAUCUUUUUAUUCUGACAUGGCUUUGGAUGACAUCCAUUUCAAGGAAAUGCCCUGUGGUGUACAACACUUGGGAUGUUUUAACGAUCGUUAUAAAAGAGCUUUGCCAGACUUGAUUGCGAAUCUCCGGGAUAAAAUAGAUUGGUAUGACAUGCAAAAGACCGUCAGAGAAUGCGCCUGUGUUGCUUAUGACAAAGGAUACAAGUAUUUUGCUGUGCAGUUUUACGGAGAGUGUUGGGGCGCAAGAAGUAUGAUUGAAUAUGACAAAUAUGGUGCUUCCAACGACUGCUGGUCUGGUGUCGGAAAAGAUUUCACGAAUUAUGUCUAUAAAUUCACGAAAUAA